GUUGCAGAAGGCAAUGGGACAACAUCACGUGCUGGCCUGAAGCAGAGGUGGGAGAAAUUGUGGUACGGCCAUGUCCAAAGUACUUCAGAUUCCUCACCACUUUUCUCGGGAACGUGACCAGGAAUUGUACAAGCCAAGGCUGGACAGAUGUGUACCCUGCGCCGUAUGCCGUAGCUUGUGGAUACGAUUCCAACAGCACUCCAGGGGAAGAGCAAACGGCGUUCUAUGGCACAGUCAAGACCGGCUACACCAUUGGACAUACGUUAUCGCUCAUUGCUCUCACGGCUGCUAUGAUCAUUUUAUGUCUCUUUAGAAAGCUACACUGUACUCGAAAUUAUAUUCAUAUGCACCUCUUCAUGUCCUUCAUAAUGAGAGCCAUCGCAGUCUUUGUAAAAGAUGUCAUCCUAUUCGAAAGUGGAGAAUCUGAACACUGCUUUGUGAGUUCAGUAGGCUGCAAAGCCAUGAUGGUUUUCUUCCAGUACUGUGUCAUGGCUAACUUCUUCUGGCUCCUGGUGGAGGGGUUGUACCUUCACACCCUGUUGGUCAUCUCCUUCUUUUCAGAGAGGAAGUACUUUUGGUGGUACAUCUUGAUUGGCUGGGGUGCCCCCUCCGUGUUCAUCACUGCUUGGACUAUUGUCAGGAUUUACUUUUUCGAUGUUGGGUGCUGGGAGGAAGUAGUGGAAUCCCCAUUCUGGUGGAUCAUUAAAACUCCUAUUUUGGUGUCUAUUUUGGUGAACUUCAUUCUCUUCAUUUGCAUCAUCCGUAUCUUAGUCCAGAAGUUGCAUUCCCCAGAUGUUGGACACAAUGAAACCAGCCAAUAUUCGAGGCUGGCCAAGUCCACGUUGCUGCUGAUCCCUCUCUUUGGCAUUCACUACAUCAUGUUUGCGUUCUUUCCUGACAAUUUCAAAGCAGAAGUUAAGCUGGUCUUUGAGCUCGUGGUUGGGUCAUUCCAGGGAUUUGUGGUGGCUGUUCUGUACUGUUUUCUCAAUGGGGAGGUCCAAGCUGAGCUCAAGCGAAAGUGGCGGAGGUGGCAUCUGGAGCGGUUCCUGGGCUCGGACAUGAAGUAUCACCACCCUUCCUUAGGCAGCAACGGCACCAACUUCAGCACCCAGAUCUCCAUGCUGACCAAGUGCUCGCCAAAGACACGCCGGUGCUCUGGCUUCCAGGCCGAAUUCUCCCUGGUGUGAUGGGGAGAGGCUCUCCGAGCACUGAGAAUCCAAGAGAGACAGAAGGAUCCCCAGGAAUCAGUGAUAUGUGACAAACCCUUGCGAAAUGGCAUGCUACGCAUGAGCCAACAGAGGACACGAAAAUGGAAAAGCCACUGGCAUCCAGAACAAGAUCAGACAGGCCAAGAGGCAGAGAAAUACUUUUCCUCUCCCUCUUUACAGACCUUUCACUCUGAAGUUUCAAGUCCUCAGGGAUUGAUAACUAUGAGUAAAGGUCCCAGUCACUAGAGCCUGGGAGAUCCUGAUGUGUCAUAAAUAAUGAAGUAUGGGGGGUAAGGGAGGGGAGAGCCUGAGUCCUUGGUGGCUUUACCAGACCCGGCAUCUCUGAAACGGAAAACCUGCACUUUUUAAAAAAUGAGCCAGUAAAGGAGAGAGGGAGGCAAGAAGCAGAAAAAAAAAAUAUGCCAAACAGAUGAAUGUGCCAAAAGUCCUGUUGAUAAGAGGUGAUGAUAAGGCACCGAAGACAGAGUCGGGGGCACGAGAAGGGACAAAAGGAACUUGAGCAGGAAGGGGAGAGGCCAGCACAUGGUCCCUGCCUCUGCAUUUUACACAUGUGAAGAUGAAGCUGCAGCACCAGGAAAGCCCCUCGGAGGAUGCCCCCAGUGCUGCAGGGUGUUCUGCUAAUUGCCCACCAUCCUUGUUAGCACAAGAUUUCCAAGCACCCUUGGGUGCCCUCUGGAAAAGCAGGUCGCUGAGAAGGAACAGAGUGAAUGCCCUUCUCUGCGCCAUGUUCAUGACAUCGUGUUUUGUUUGGUUGCUUUCAAUGAACAGGAAACUCGAUUUGCAUGUAUAAAAACCGGGUGCAGAUGCC